UUUCCGUUUCUAUACCUUUAUACGGUGCAGUAUUAACCGAAAAUCAUUGCGCCGAGUCAAUGGGGCGUUUUACAACCUACAGCUGCAAACACACCGACUGCUAAACGGCGGUGUGGUCAUGCUGUGUUAACAGGUAUACUUCACUGGCUACCCGGCGUUAGCGACGAUGGCAGCUGUCAGCAUCACAGAUCCGCUCUGCCAGCCUUGUUCAUACGACGCUAAAUUCAAAGUGGAGCUGCAUGUAAGGAAGCCGUUGUUGCCUGUGCACCUGAGCAGCGAGCAGGUAGGACUGGAGAUGCUGUGUCUCUGCAGCCAGCUGGACCUCCUGAUCAGGGCCCAGUUCCAAGAGCAGCUUAAUCAGGACCUCAGUCCAGAGGAAUCAGACUCUUUUCAGCGCGAAGGUGCUCAGAUCAUAGAGCGCAUGUAUCUGUGUCUAGAGCACUUGCCAGGACCUGCACCACUGAUGGAGGACUACUUGGAUGCAGUAGGAUUGUCUGCCAUGUUCCCACGGGUAGAAGUCUUCAUUAUACACGGGAGCCCGGUGGACAUGCUGGAGAAGCCACCCAUGGACGACUACUUUCCUCACAUUGCCAGGCUGAACCAGAUACUCGUUCUUAGUCAGCAGCUUGAGGAUGACGUGAAGCACUUGGGGAGCCACAAGUACGUGGCCCACCAGCUCUCCGUCCUUUAUCAAGUUCUCAGCACCUUCAAGGGCAUCAUGCCAUUAUCAGUGCUGAAAAGGGACAUUGAAGCCAACUUCAAGCAGUUGAAAAUGGCCCUCAUGACAGAUGAGAGUUCCAAGCAAGAGCCCCUGUUGCCUGCCCAGUAUGUUAACUGGAUACUGGAUGUGACUCACUGCAUUAUCUCUUCUGUCUUGUCGCUUCCUGAAGAGUUGACUCAGGACCUCAGCGCGGCCAUGCGCUUCAUCUCAAACCUUGCAUGACAGACGCUGCACGCCUCUCUGUUUACUCUGCGACACUCAGACGUAUCAUUUCUCUUCAUCUGCAUGUGUGAUGUUUCUGUGUUUCUUAACGUGUAAAGUAUAUUUAUUCUAAAAAAAAGAUGGAAACAGUGUUAGGUUUUAUUUGUAGUAUUGUGCAAACCAAGUUGUUUGUUAGUAUAGAGUUGUAAUGAUAUUCUAAUGUAUGUUUCAUGGGGUGUGAUUCAACAUUAAAAUCGGUUAUUUUGUAUAACUAAA